CGACCCCGUCGACCUCCUCGCCGCGUCCUCGUCUGCACCAACACACUCGACAGCCAGCUCAACCCUCCAGCACUGCACCGCAGCCUCGACAGCGCCAAAUGUCCCGCCCGACCAAGCCGGCAGUGAGCCCGACCUCGGCACGCACCUCUCGCCCCUCUCGCGCGUCGACCUCGAAGCGGGUCAGCUAUCAGGAGCAGGACGGCGACGAGGGCAUGGCUGUCGACCGGCAGUCAGAUGGAGACGAGGACGGCGACGACCUCGAGGACGCUGGCGACGGGCAGCAGGACGGCAGCAGCGGCGAGCCUGUCGUCCACAAGCUCGCGCGCAUCAUGGAGAAGUACGAGAAGUCGACGAUCAAGCCGACCGAGCAGCGGCUCGCGAGUGCGCAGCGCGACCUGCGGCAGAUUGUCGACAAGGGCAAGCGCGAGGCCGACUCGUCGGUCCACAAGCAGCUCGAGCGCAACACUGCGCUCGUCAACGCCGCGCACCUCGACCGCCCAAAGUCGCUCGUGACGCGCUCGAGCGCCGACUACGAGUCGGCCUUGUCGGCUGUCGAGCUGCAGGAGCAGUGCCUCGCUACGGCGAUCGAGGUCUCGAUCAUGCAGGGCUUGAAGCCUGACGGCGCCAAGGACUGGCUCGUCGCUGCGCAACAGGCCCUCGAAGCUCGGCCACGUGCCGCUCGCCGCACCCUCAAGCGGACGCGCGAGAGCAAGCGGGUGCUGCUCGACGAGCUGCACGAGCUGGACCACGACUCGGUGCAGCAAGGCGAGUCGAUGCGGCAGCACUUUGUCGAGAUUGCGCUGGCGUGAGGAGGAGGGUGUGAGCUGGUCGUGCUCGGGCCUGCGGUCGGUGCGGGCGUGCUUGCUGUCGCGGUCUCGGUUUCGUUUCUCGUUGCGCCCAUCGGGUCGCACUGUUGACGUACUGUGAAAUGCACGUCGUUGAUCUCG